UCCAGCAUGCUCUGCCCAUUCCACACCGAGACUCACUGACCAUGAGCCUCAACUCCACUCUGACCCACACGAAGGAGCUGAGGAACCUCACUGUAGUGGCAGACGAUGAAGGAGGCGUCCUGGUCACCGAGUUCAUUGCCAUCAUCGUCAUUACCAUUUUCGUCUGCCUGGGCAACCUGGUCAUCGUGGUCACCUUAUACAAGAAGUCUUACCUCCUCACCCUCAGCAACAAGUUUGUGUUCAGCCUGACUCUGUCUAACUUCCUGCUGUCCGUGUUGGUGCUGCCUUUCGUGGUGACCAGCUCCAUUCGGAGGGAAUGGAUCUUCGGCGUGGUGUGGUGCAACUUCUCCGCCCUUCUCUACCUGCUCAUCAGCUCGGCCAGCAUGCUCACCCUUGGGGUCAUUGCUAUUGACCGCUACUACGCUGUCCUCUACCCUAUGAUUUACCCCAUGAAGAUCACGGGGAACCGCGCCGUGGUGGCCCUCGUCUACAUCUGGCUGCACUCCCUCGUCGGCUGCCUGCCCCCCUUGUUCGGUUGGUCCUCGGUGGAGUUUGACGAGUUCAAGUGGAUGUGUGUGGCCGCGUGGCACCGGGAGCCAGGCUACACGGCCUUCUGGCAGAUCUGGUGUGCCCUCUUCCCCUUCCUGGUCAUGCUGGUGUGCUACGGCUUCAUCUUCCGCGUGGCCCGGGUCAAGGCACGCAAGGUGCACUGUGGCACUGUGGUCAUCGUGGAGGAGGAUGCCCAGAGGAACGGGAGGAAGAACUCCAGCACCUCCACCUCCUCCUCGGGCAGCAGGAGGAAUGCCUUUCAGGGCGUCGUCUACUCAGCCAACCAGUGCAAAGCUCUCAUCACCAUCCUGGUGGUCAUUGGAGCCUUCAUGGUCACCUGGGGCCCCUAUAUGGUUGUCAUCACCUCAGAGGCCCUGUGGGGGAAGAACUACGUCUCCCCGACCCUGGAGACUUGGGCCACGUGGCUGUCCUUCACCAGCGCCAUCUGCCACCCCCUCAUCUAUGGACUCUGGAACAAGACGGUUCGCAAGGAACUACUGGGCAUGUGCUUUGGGGACCGAUAUUACCGGGAACCAUUUGUGCAGCGACAGAGGACGUCCAGGCUCUUCAGCAUUUCCAACAGGAUCACAGACCUUGGCCUGUCUCCACACCUCACGGCGCUCAUGGUCGGUGGACAGCCCCUGGGCCACAGCAGCAGCACGGGGGACACUGGCUUCAGCUGCUCUCAAGACUCAGGAACGGAUGUGAUGCUGCUUGAAGACUAUACGUCUGAUGACAACCCGCCCUCACACUGCACUUGUCCGCCCAAGCGAAGGAGCUCGGUCACAUUUGAGGAUGAAGUGGAACAGAUCAAAGACGCUGCCAAGAACUCCAUUCUCCACGUAAAGGCCGAAGUGCACAAGUCCUUGGACAGUUAUGCAGCCAGCUUGGCCAAAGCCAUUGAGACUGAAGCCAAAAUCAACUUGUUUGGGGAGGAGGCUCUGCCAGGGGUCUUGUUCCCAGCUCGAACUGUCCCGGGCACUGGCUUUGCGGGUCGCCGAGGCAGCAGAACUCUGGCGAGCCAGCGGCUCCAGCUGCAGAGCAUCGAAGAAGGGAACGUCUUAGCUGCGGAGCAGAGAUGA